AACAAGAUAAGGAAACUUCGAGAAUUCCGUUUCUUUAUGAAAAUGGAAACGGUUCAUUAGGAUCUAAUGGCUAUCAUUUUGGCUCACUUUAUGUUCCACCAAUGCCAGCGCCAAUACCUGGUGAUACGGAUGUUUACUCUGUAUUAAACAAUGAAAGUGCAAAUUCUUCAAUGGUUGACCUUUCUGCAAGUCAAAAUAGAAUAAACAUCAAAAAUAUGUUAAUAUUUGACCACCACGGUGAUGACGACAUGUGGUUACGAACCGAUGAUGACAAUGUAUCUAUAAUUACUGGGUCAGGUGUUAGUGUAUCAAAUGCAUCAUUUGUGACUGCGUCAGACGGUGACGAAGAAGAUGAUGAAAGUUUUAAUGAAAGUGAUAACGAUGAUAAAACCAUUGGGCACAAUACUCCUAUCAUUAUUGAUGAUUCUGAUAGUGACUAUUAUGUGAAUAAAACGGAACUGUCCCCUGAUGAACAUCAUUAUUCGAUGUCCCCACCAGUUGCCAAGUCUAUUCCAUAUGGAAGCUAUUUAAGACGAUAUAAACAGUCUUCGUUGAGAUCUUCUUCGGCUCCAUUUCAAAGUUCAUUUCUUCAACCACCCCGCGUGUCAUUCAUACCUGCAAGAAAAAGUCCAAGUUUCAAAUCAUCGCCUUUUUUAAAAUUAAUGAAUGAAAGUACCGCAUCAUCUGACGAUAUAGUUCCGGAUCAAUCGCUAAAUACUCAGGAUGAAGCAGAGGAAAAAAUGACAAUUAUAUUUGAGACUACUAAAACUGUAAAAGUGUUAUUAACUCCAAUUUUCUUGAAAAUUGUGGAAGAGUUUUUGGAAGCAAUUAAAAAAGAGGAUUGGAACAUGGAAGCUAUGUUUGAUAAAAUGCAAAUGGACUAUGUAGGGGAACUUACAAAAUUAUUUCCCUUCAAAUUUUCAACCACAAGUUUUGGUGUAUCUAUUCAUAAAGUUCAUCUACACUUUAUACAAGAUGUAAUGCUUCCGGAUGAUUUAACAAAUGUAAAUGAUGAAUAUCCUAGU